AUGGGCAUGCAAGGCCCACUAACUGCCCAAGCUUUGGGCCGGUCACCAUAUGACGAUGUUCUUCAGGGCGAUGGACCCGAAGACCCCCGUCAUCCUCCACAGCAAUAUGAUCAAAGAGGUCGUCCUGUCAACCCAGAUACUAAGAGAAUCAACCGAGAGAUUGUGAGAUCACACAACGAGGUCAUGCUGGUGAUCGGUGUUGCAGAGCCAGAAAAUCCAAAUAAAAGCCCGGAAGUAGAGUCGCAAAGGAGACACGAUGCGCAUGAAGAAUCGAUCGGUCGACAACUCAACUCCCAUGCUAGACGUGCCAUGGAGAUGGUUGGGCUCUUUGGUACUCAUGGCCUUCGUCAGCGCGUUAUGGAGAUCUAUCGCAAAUAUUCAAAAAUUCCCUUUUGGCAUCUUUGGCAACAAAAGAAUGAAUUCUCAUGGCGAAGACAUGUUAUUCCUGGUGCAGCUACUGGCUUAUUCACCAACUACGUAGACCGCGCCUUGUUUAAAGUCUGGCUCGGCGAUAGAGAAAAAGUCGUUGCGCGUCGCAUUCUGCUUGAUGUAUGGUCAUGGUUUCGAACUCAUCUAAAAUACUUCGCAUCCAUGCAGCGACUUGGCCUGAUCCCAGCUGAUCAGUGGCUCCCGCGCCCGUCAUAUUUCAUUCCAUUCACAGAAGACUCACCAAUUCCUGCACCACCACCGCUAGAGGGAUUUGAUCCUCUGUCUUUGCUCCGUUGGACAGGCAAUGCCAUUGUUAACGCGGCACCUUUUCUGAUUUGGGUCAUCGUUCUCCGGGUUGCUAAAGAGGUGCAGCCCGUAGUAUGGCCACGGAUAUUCAACAAGCUCCCAAGCACUGCUUUCCGAGGCCGCAGAAUACCCCCACCAGCUGUACCGCCCACACCAGUCCCAGAAGAGGCUCCCCUGCUUCUGUCCGAUGAAACGACCAUUGACCAAUUGCCGAAUUCGGUGGAAGAUGCGCCUCUGGUACUUGGCGGGCUUGAGACCAACACAACCGUGGAACCAACAGAGCCCCAGCAAGUCCACGCAGAGUCAUACAUGAACCGAGAAGACGAAUAUGCAACAGACGAAGACGAGAGUGAGCGAGUGAACACUACGCUAAUUAGCUUCGACGUCGAAGCCACUGAAGCGAGCCCAGAUGCGCCACCAGGGCUAUGGUCUGCCGAGUUGCGCCCUACUCAAGCUACCGAUGCGCGGAGCGAGUCACAGCCAGUAUACCUUGACACUCUGCUAACGCAGCUUCCUGCGCUACUGGCCGCCAAUAUGCUCACAGAUACGAGCCUAAGACUGAUGAUGGCCGCAUACGAGGCGUCCGCAUUAAGACUCAUGGCGCGCUGCUACAGAUUGCGGUACGACCUGCCAUGCGAUGACAUAUACGCGCCCAAUGUUCUUAGCGAGUUGUCAUGGCGUGCGGUAACCAACUUGGUCGGCGGGGAGCUAGUGCACCUUACCUUGUCUACUGAAAUCUGGGCCGUUUUCACGGGGCUGUCACUGUACUUCCACACGUCAGAUAAGGAAUGGAAGGAGGCCGAGGCCAAGAAAACCGAGAACGCGCAAGCGGACGACCAUAAUGCUCCUGCUUCUUGA